CCCGUCCAGCCACAGUCCUACUGAGGGGGCCUUAGAUUUGCCAUUUUCCUUCCUCUCUCGCAUGUACUGAGGCGGCGCUAACGUGUAUCUGAAGAUAAACGCACGCCUCUGCCUUGAUGUCCUCGGCUUUCGCCCGCUGAGCGCUCCAGAGGGCAGCCGGAAGACGUUUCGGGGCAGCGCCCGCAUUCUCACUGCUGGGGCUGCGCAGGACCAAGUGACUCGUGCUGUUGAGCGUCAGAGCGGAGCAGCCUACCCGCCAUAUUCCCUGUACCUCCUGUCCUGCUGCCUGCCUAUGUAGCCACCAGAUUUGGAUCCUUGUUGAAAGUUUUUAGGUAUAAACGCGCAUCUUUCGGUCAGGAGAUGUUUGGAUGAUUCAUCCAGUGCACGGCAUGCGCACGGCAGCUCCCGACAUCCAAGCACAGCCCCUGAGCUCCUUGUACGUGGGCAGCUGCUUUUGAUGGAACCAAGACCAAGGACCCCCAGCACACACACACAGCAAAAAGAGCACAAGAAAACUUUGGCUAGAUCACUUUGGGCAUGACCUGUCUGGAGAAUUCAUCUCUGCACGUGCUGCUUGCCCUUCAGACGACUGCUGUACACAGCCUGCAGGCCAUCAUCUUUUUCAGGCUGGCUCAAAAGAUAAGGACUUAGAGAGGGCAGAGCAGGAGGGGUGCCGGGGUGUGGGGCAGGGGGCCGCUGGUGCACGAGGGCGGGCAGCGCACGUCUCUGCAGGUGAGUGGGAGCCCACCCUCGCCCAUGCCGUCCCCUGCCCACACCGGUCCCACCGCCCUCUGCCAUGGUGACAUAACGGCUCGUGUUACGGAGGACCUCACCUGCAAGUUUUCUCUGUCACAUCCUCUAACUCUUACAGCAGACUUGUGAUCUGUUAGUGAGCAGAGGACGCUGCGUAGGCUGGCGCGAGUGGCCGCAGGGGUGACGAUGCUGGCUUGUGGGCGGAUGAGACGGCUCUUCCGGCAGCUCACGCUGCAAACCAGCCUGCUGCUGCUCUUCCUCUUCUGCAUGGUCAGCGUGCUAGUCUCCGCCUACUUUCUGUACGGCGUCAAGCGGGAGCUAGAGCCGGCGGCAGUCGUAGGGUCGGAGGGCGAAGAGGAGAUGGGCCCCGCCGACUGGGAAGACCCGCAGGCCACACCUUCCCCGCCGUCGGCCAGGGUGCUCCCAGCCCGGACCGCCCGGCCGGCGGACACAUCUCGCACGGACCCUGUGGUGCUGGUGUUUGUGGAGAGCCUGUACUCUCAGCUGGGCCAGGAUAUCGUGGCCAUCCUGGAAUCGGGGCGCUUCCGCUACCAGACGGAGAUCGCCCCAGGCAAGGGCGACAUGCCCACGCUCACGGACAAGAACCGGGGACGCUUCACUCUGGUCAUCUACGAGAACAUUCUGAAGUAUGUCAACCUAGAUGCCUGGAACAGGGAACUGCUUGACAAGUACUGUGUGGAGUAUGGAGUGGGAAUCAUUGGCUUUUUCAAGGCCAAUGAGAACAGUUUGCAGAGUGCUCAGCUGAAGGGCUUCCCACUCUUCCUCCACUCCAACGUGGGCCUGAGGGACUGCAGCGUCAACCCCAAGUCACCUCUGCUGCUCAUCACCAAGGCGCGCGAGGUGGAACGCGGGCCCCUGCCCGGGGACGACUGGACCGUCUUCCAGUCCAACCACUCCACCUACGAGCCCGUGCUGCUGGCCCGGGGCCGAACGGCUGAGCCGGGGGCCGGGGCAUCCCCGGGGCUGCUACAUGCCGCUGUGGUCCAGGACCUGGGCCUCCACGACGGCAUCCAGAGGGUGCUCUUCGGGAACAACCUAAACUUCUGGCUGCACAAGCUAGUGCUGGUGGACGCUGUGAGCUUCUUGACGGGCAAGCGGCUGGCACUUGCGCUGGACCGCUACAUCCUGGUGGACAUUGACGACAUCUUCGUGGGCAAGGAGGGCACAAGGAUGAAGGUUUCUGACGUUAAGGCCCUGCUGGAGACGCAGAACGAGCUCCGAGCUCAUGUACCCAACUUCACCUUCAACCUGGGCUUCUCUGGAAAGUUCUUCCAUGCUGGCACUGAUGAGGAAGAUCUGGGUGAUGACCUGCUCCUGUCCUACAGUAAAGAGUUCUGGUGGUUCCCGCACAUGUGGAGCCACAUGCAGCCUCACCUCUUCCACAACCAGUCGGUGCUGGCUGAACAGAUGCUGCUCAACCACAGGUUUGCUGAGGAGCACGGCAUCCCCACCAACAUGGGCUACGCGGUGGCACCGCACCACUCCGGCGUCUACCCCAUCCACAUGCAGCUCUACGAGGCCUGGAAGAAGGUGUGGGGCAUCAAGGUGACCAGCACGGAGGAAUAUCCCCACCUCAAACCCGCUCGCUUCCGCAGAGGCUUUGUCCACAGCGGCAUCAGUGUGUUGCCCAGGCAGACCUGCGGCCUCUUCACCCACACCAUCUUCUAUAACGAGUACCCUGGGAGCCCCAAAGAGCUGGACAAACUGAUCAGCGGAGGAGAGCUCUUCCUGACCGUGCUCCUCAACCCCAUCAGCAUCUUCAUGACCCACCUGUCCAACUACGGCAACGACCGCCUGGGCCUGUACACGUUCAAGAACCUUGUGAAGUUUGUGCAGACGUGGACCAACCUGAAGCUGCAGACGUUGCCCCCGGUCCAGCUCGCCCAAAAGUACUUUCAGAUCUUUCCCGAGGAGAGGGACCCCAUUUGGCAGGACCCGUGCGAGGACAAAAGACACAAAGACAUUUGGUCAAAAGAGAAAACUUGCGACCGUUUCCCUAAGCUGCUCAUCAUUGGCCCACAGAAGACCGGAACGACAGCACUAUAUCUGUUCCUGGGGAUGCAUCCUGACCUGACCAGUAAUUAUCCCAGCAAGGAGACCUUUGAGGAGAUCCAGUUCUUCAAUGGCCGUAAUUACCACAAGGGCAUUGACUGGUAUAUGGAGUAUUUCCCCCUGCCCUCCAACACUAGUUCAGAUUUCUACUUUGAGAAGAGUGCCAACUACUUUGACUCGGAGGUUGCGGCUCGGCGGGCUGCUGCCCUUCUUCCUAAAGCCAAGAUCAUCACCAUCCUCAUCAACCCAGCUGACAGGGCCUACUCCUGGUACCAGCACCAAAGGGCUCAUGAUGACCCUGUGGCCCAGAAGUACACAUUCCACGAUGUCAUCACUUCUGGUCGUGACACCCCAAUCAAACUGAAGGUGCUCCAGAGUCGCUGUCUGGUGCCUGGCCUGUACGCCACACAUCUGCAACGAUGGCUCAACCAGUACCACUCUAGCCAGAUCCUGGUCUUGGAUGGUCAGAUGCUGAGGACUGAGCCUGCUUCCAUAAUGGAUAAGAUCCAGAAGUUUCUUGGCCUCACAAAUGUGCUCAACUACCACAAGAUUCUUGCGUUCGAUCCUAAGAAAGGCUUCUGGUGCCAGCUGCUGGACGGGGGGAAGACUAAAUGCCUGGGGAAAAGCAAAGGGCGGAGGUAUCCCGACAUGGACGUGGAUUCACGCGGCUUCCUGAGGGAGUACUACCGUGAGCACAACAUAGAGCUGUCCAAGCUACUAUAUAAGAUGGGCCAGCCACUGCCUAGCUGGCUGCGGGAGGAGCUCCUCCACAGCAGGUAGCCAAAAAAGAGGACCGGGGCGAAACAAAGGACAGGCUCCUGCUCCUCUCCAUCAACCCCCUCCCUCACCCCCGCCACCCAGAAUUAGCUCCCGCACUGGGUAAGCCGCAGCAGUCGACUGAGCCCUACAAGUGGGGGUCUGGGCUCCAGGAGAAAAAGGAUCGGAGAGGAGAAAGUGAGGUGCCACAAGGGAGACACUGAGGCACCCUGGCAUUUCAGUCUGAAAAUGAGGAAUGUUUGUCAGUACGCACACACAGUGGGAGAUUGUAAAGACAAUCUGGUUGUGUGUGUGUGAAUGAAUAAAUAACUGACUGUGUGUGUGCUUGUAGGAGCCCUGCUCUACGUGUUAAGUCAUGGACACCUUCAGACUCGAUUUUCAAGAAAGAGAGCAAGAGCUUUUAUAAAAAUAACAUUGUACCACUCUGGACAGCACACAGGCCAAUAAUGGAUAAACAAGAGCCAGGGUGGAAAAUUCAGCAAAAUUGGGUUUUGAUUUUGUUUUUGUUUGUUUUUUGUUUGUUUUUUUCUUUCUUUAAAACAUGUCAUAUUAUAUUUCAAAACUGCAGGGACAGACUCUAGCACUGUAGUCUCUGUAGUUUGUUUAUUUUUGUUUUCCUCAAUUUCUCAAGAUUGUGCCCACUUCACAUCUACCCACUAGGAUGGAAUGUGACAUUUAAAGGUAAACAUUAUUUAUAUUGUAGUUGCAAACCACACAAGACUGUUUAAGAAAUCAUGGUACUUAAGAACCUGAACAACAAAAACAAAAGCAAAUAAGCUACAUCCAGAAUAAAUGUGAGUGUAAAUAUGGCAAUGUAGAGUUACCCGAGUAUCCUAACGCUCUAUAUUAUGUGCGGUAAUUGCCUUAAUUCAGCUGUAAUAAACCUAAUACUAUUAAUUUGACAAGGAUGUACAUGACCAGAAAUGAUAUGCCUUGAGGGGGUGAUCACUUCAUUAUUACAAAGAUGAUCAUCACCAACUGGAUCUGAGCAUUUCCUUAUCAGUCUCAGUUGAGAAUUAGCCAGUGUUUUAAAGGAAAAGUAUUAUGGAAAAGUUGCUUAUCCCUUUUCAGAAUAACAUGGUAUUUUUCCUCCUUUCAGGAAUGUUUAUAUUUUUUAAACCCAUUUUUAUGUCACAAUUGAUCAUCCCAUCUUAUUAUAGCAUUUCUCUGAGAGGCCUGGGUUGGUCGGUGAGAUGUCAACGAAUGUAUUACUUCCUUUGGGAGAGAUGCUUGUAUGUGAGAACCACCUCAGUGAAACUUUGUUUAGUAAUUAUGGACUACCGAUACAGCAUGUAAAUUACACCCAUAACUGUAAAUGCACAUAUUCUAUCACAGAUGUAGGUUAAUGCCUAAUGGCUGUGGAAAUAGGUAGUGGAAACAUGAAGCUCCUGUUCCUAGUACUGAAUUUGGGUAGACUUUUUUUUUUUUUUUUUUUUUUUUUUUUUUUUUUAACUGCUAUAAUUCCAGUUUUAAACAAACCCCAAUCCUUCCUUUGCUCUUUCAUCCUUUUUGUGUAUUACACUUUUUUAAAAAUGUUUUGUUUUGUUUUGUUUACAUUCUCCAUCUUUGAUUUCGGUCUUUGCCCAUUAUCCUGAUGAUGUCGGUUAGGUUUAAGAAGACUGAACUGAACCUCAUCCUCCACUGCUGUGGACAUCAUGGGCUCAGUGUCCUGUUUAUCAACAGCCUGUAUCCCAGUGCUGCUCUAGUCUACACUACAAUGCAUUCUCAUUAUACUGUCAGACUGGGGGAGCCAUAAUGUCUUCUGUAUGCCUUUUAGGUCCAAAUGAAAAGCAUGGGUGUAGAAUGGCUUAAUAUGCCAUUGGGGCUUAUGAAAGUCCUUUGAAGCAGUGCAAAUUGUCACUUACCAAAGGAAAUCAUUACAUUUCUGUUUGGUUUGCAUCACUGAUGUUUUAUCAAUCAGUGCCGUUUUGUAGUUUAUGAUGGCUUCCUGGUGUCAUUAAAAGCAUACCAAACAGGUAGGCAAAAACUGAAUUCUUCAGCAGUUGUGUAUUUUAAUGAGCUGAAGAUCAGGAGGAUUAGUUAUCCAAAUUAAGAGCAUUGAUCUCGGUUUAAUUCUAUUCAGUUAAAUGAGCACAUAUGUAGAGGUGGUGCCAGUUAUUUUUCCAGCCAUAGCUGUUUGACAGAGUAAUAUUUCUGCAUUGAAGGACAUUGGAUGAGAAUAAUGUGUUGAUUUCACAGCAAUCAUUUUCAACUGAGCAAUUUUGAGAAUUUCCCACAAGUAAAAAUUUUGAAGUAACAGUAUCUGGAAUUUUCAUUUUUCCCGUAUUAUAAACCAUGUCUGUAUAAACUGGCUCUUUUGGUCUCAGAGUAUGAUGCUUGAAAAGCACAACUGCUUUUCUUUUGUUCUUUGACCAAGGACUCUAGGAGAUGGAUACAUGCCUCCUGUGAAACGUAUCCCGUAUCACGCAGGUUUUUGCAUUAGUCCACAAUUUAAAGAACCACGGUAGAUUUUGUAUUUGCAGCACUCUUUAAUGGAGUCUAACGGGCGCAUGCUGAAGUGCAUACUGUCUGUGGUACUGAACCAUGCACCUUAUAUGCACUGUCUGGUUUUCAGUUUAAAAAAGGCAAAUUAAAGACAACAAUCCUUCAUGCUGAUCACAGAUCAAUGUAUAAACAAUAACCCUUCGAUUUUUGUCCUGAUUUAGUAUUUUUUCUAAUGGCACCCUUAAUGACAACUGUAAUAACAAUGCAAUAUUAUCUCUCCAGGUGGGAAGUGGGAGGUUUUGCACCAAGCACAAAUUAUGUUUAUUUAAGUUUUCUUUGUGCGGAAGUUUGUUGUGAGCCAGGAGAGUUUACGUGGAGAGACACUUUGAACAGACUGAUCUUGGUUUCCAUAAUUCUGACUGACCACACAUACAUAUAGUUGUCAAUAUGAAAUUCACACUGCCAAUAUUGUGCUUUCUGUAUCAUAAUGUAGGGUAUCAAUAGAUAGUGAUUUAAAUGAAAACUGUAAGGAAACAAUAAUCUGGACUGUACAAUCAAACCUAUCGUUGUUAAUAUUUUUUAUUGUUGGUAGCCAAUAUUUUUGUGAUUAAUUUGCAAAUAAAGAAACCACUGUUUUUUUA